AUGCUUUCUGAUAAGCCAAUUGUUAAUAAAAUUAGAAAGUCACACUGUCAGCUUGAUAACACCUGUAGCAAAGCAUUUGGGCAAUGUGAAUACAAAUGUAAAUAUGUAAAUACAAAAGAGAACAAAAUAAAAAAUUUUGACAGAUUCGACAAAAAUUUUCCCUACAAUUGCUUUGUAGCCAAUGGUCAAAAUGAGGAUGGAGAAAUAAUUUAUGAACCUGCAGUAGUUUUGGGGACAUCAAAUUCUUUAACUGAACUCCAAUCUCGAAGUACCAGAUGGCCAAAACCCAACCAAAGGCGAAGUGAUGUUUUAAAUCAGCUAGCUAAAGAAGGUAUGAAUAAUGAAGAGGAAGUUGUGAAUAAACCAAAAUCAAAACGUAAAAAAAAUAUAGACAAUGUACAGAGGAGCCCAAAAAAUAACAAUGUACCUUUAGCACCGGACUUUGCCAGUACUUAUGAAGCUGCAGCAAUAAAAAUUUCGUCAAUGCAGAAAACUAAUUUGAAUUUUGAUUUAGAAGAAGAUCCUGAUAAAAAAAUUGACAUAGCAGAGGUUUUAAAAACCAAAGAAGAACAAAUAGCUAAAUUGCUGAAAGAAUUAGAAUCAAAAAGAGCAAAAAAUUGAUCCACACAUGCAUUGGUUUCUCCCAGCAUCAGCUUACGUGAUUGUAAGAAAAAAAUUCCUCUUGCUUCAAAGUCUGCUGCUGAGCAUCACAAAUCUCCACAUCCAUCGAUAUCAAGCUGUUUGAAUGAUGCAUUUCCAGAUGAAACUCACACCGAUAAAAAAAGAAAAACCAUAUCAACUCCAGAGAAUAUUAAAGUACUUCAGAAGAAUUCACAUUAUGUGAGAAAGACAAAAGAUGUGACUUACGAUUCGGAUGACUAUGCACUGUCUGUUCUUGAAAAACAUGAAAAAUUGUCAAGCUGGACAUCCACGGUUCGAGAGGAAAAUGGAAAGUCAAUAAAAAUUCACAUGUUCCAAAUCCAUUACGGAGUGUCUGUGCCAUACAAAAACUGGUGUAGUGCUCUGACGAAAGCUAAAACUGGCAAAGGAUUUUUGAGAGAACUGGUGCUACAUAUUUGGCCACUGAAAGAAUUUAU